GACCAAAGUGGGCAAAGUACAUGCUUUACGGGUUCAGACAGCUGUGUUGUUUUGUUUACUUUUUGAAAACUAAGAGAAAAGUUAAUAAUAAUGGACGCAAGGAGGAAAUUAUUAAUUGUGGGAUUGGCGGCUCUUGUUGUAGCAGAGGAGGAGGACAAUGAACGAAGAAAGCGGCGACGACAUUGGGUAAAUCCAUACCUGCAGGAUAGAAACGAGAAGUAUGAAAAUAUAUAUCGGAGGCCAUCAGUAUUCUUUGAAAAUUUUCAUAUGACUGAAAAGGACUUCUGUGGUCUUUUCGGAUUGGUGGAGCCGUACUUGGUCCCGAACCGGAAUACUCGCCCAGAAGCGAUCCCGCCUAAAGCCAAGUUGGCCAUUGUUUUAGAGUUUCUUGCUUCCGGUGACUUGCAGCGCCACGUUUGUUCCACUUAUCGUAUAAGUAAACAACACUUCGAAGUAAUUAUAGGGCAAGUGUGCGAGGCCAUAUGCAUUUCCCUGUCGAAAGAAUUCCCCAAAUGGCACAAGGACAGCAUGUUACAGUGGGCUAAGGACUUUGAAGAGGAAUGGAACUUUCCGAACUGCAUUGGAGCCGUAGGCGGAAAGCAUGUGGCGAUAAAGGCACCACCUAAUAGCGGGAGCAGGUUUUGUAAUUACAAAGGCUUUCACUCGAUUGUGCUAAUGGCCAUUUGCGACGCCCAUUAUAGGUUCACCUAUAUAGACGUUGGCGCCUGUGGAAGUGAGGGAGAUAUGAAUGCUUUCUCACAGUGUGAGUUUGGAAAAGCAUUGUUGUCGGAAACACUGAAUUUUCCUGACGACAACGCUCUAAAUGGAGAGCGAACUCCAUAUUUUAUUGUUGGAGAUGAUGCGUUCCCUCUGCAUAAGCGUAUUAUGAAGCCAUUUGGCUCCCGGAACCUGGCAGUGGACGAGCGUGUAUUUAAUUAUAGACUGAGCCGAGCUCGACGUUGCAUUGAGACAGCUUUUGGAAUUCUUUGCGCUAGAUGGAUGGCUGUGCAACGUACUCUGCUGAGCGGACCGGAAAAGUCACAAAAUAUUGUAGCCGCAUGUUGUUCGCUGCACAAUUUCCUCUUGCGCACAAGCCCCAGUACGUAUGCCAUAAAUGAAGACUCACUAAUUAAAGCGGACACCGUAUUCACCGAUCUCCGGCCCUGUUGCCGCGGUCGCCCUCAUGACUUUUGCAAGUCCAUUAGAGUCAACUUAAAAAAUUUUGUGAACAGCCCAGCCGGGUCUGUCGCAUGGCAAAAUGAAGCUGCUGGCGUCCAAAAUAAUUAAAAUAUUAAAAAAUAAUUAUACGUAAAGAA